GAGAGCGGACGUGCGCUGCUGCUCCUGCGGAAUCUUCGCUCUCGGGCAACUAUAUUUAACAAACACAUGGCCAACACACUCACACACGAAAUACUUACACACAGUUAGACACGCACACCUGUACACCCAGCGCGCGCGCAAAUCGCCGAAAUUAAAGCAAACCAAAACGGAAAAUGCUAAAUGUCCACGUGAAACGGCGCACAAAAUAAUCGAAUAACUAAAACAAAACGGAUCAGUGAAAUUAGAGUGGAAUUAUUGUUUGUUUUUGGAAAAAAUCAAUGCCGUUAAUCGACGCACACGGAUACACAUAAACGCACACGUGUGCUCCAAGAGCCAAAACACACCAAUACACUGACACAGACAUUCACAUACAAGCAAACAGAAGGCCUAACAAAGUGAAAGUAACGGAAUUAGCAGCACAAUUUCGGUCAUAGUUGAGAUAAAAACAAAAACGGUAAAACUUAUACAAGGUCUAAAUUUGUGUUUCUAAAAAAGAACAUGCUACAAAAACAAGCGGCAACAGCAGCCGAAAACGCAGAAGCUACCUGAGCAAGAUAAACACGCAAAACAAAGCGAACUGGGUCAGUAAGCGAAACGAAAGAGAAGGGGGAAGGAGGGGAGAGAAGGGGAGAAGGCGAAAGGAGCGGCUAGGAAGGAGCAGGAAAAGCGGCCAGUAUGUUGCAUGCGCUGCAGUUAAAUGUGUGGCAUACUUAAUGGAGCAAAAGGGUGCGGCGCCCAAGCGGAAAUUAACUUUCGAGGCUUGAAGCACUUUCGGCCAUCAAAAGACAAUGGCCAACAUCAGCAGCAGCCAAAUCGGGCGGGGCCAUGCCAGCUUUAAUCCUUGGACAGGAGCAACAUCAUCAAUACCAGCAAUAACAACAACCAGAACAACAACAACUUUAACAGCGGGAACAACAAAUCUAAUUACAGAACAACAAUAAGGCGAGGCCCUGGUGCCUGGUGAUGAUGAUGAUGAUGAUGAUGUUGGGAAACUUCCGUUUUGUUAGCCCGAGCGGAAAUGAGGCGCAAUAUGUCGUCCAGCCAUCGGUUACCUUUGCAACUUUGUGAAAAGUGACCUCGAACGCCAUAGGAACUAUAGGAGCUAUAGGAAUCCCGAGCCCGCGAUUGCCGGGAAUUUAAUUAAAGAGCAAGGAGCACGAAAAAGAGGGUUCGAAACAAAAGAGCAUUCCGCCCGGAAGGCUGCCCCGUGUGGCAAGAGGAGGAGGAGGAGGGGGAGGGAGGCAGGAGAAAGGAGGGGCCAUAAAUCUACCCGGCCAACGGGCACCGCAAAUGCAGCACGUUGCUGCAAUCGAGCUGGCCCACGUCCAUUGGCCAAUUAGUUGCUGCAACAGCCGAGAGCGGCAAUCGUUUGGGCCCCAUUGAAAGCGAACUCCGGCCGAAUAGAGCUGCCUCUCUGAUGACUGCCGCCAAAAGACGUGCGGGCAGCAGCAACAGCAGCAGCAGCAGCAGCAGUAGCAGCAACAACAACAACAGUAAUGGCCACGAGCAGCACUCCCUGCAGCAACAUCUGCAGCUGCAACAGCAACAUCAGCAGCAGCAACAGCACCAACAGCAGCAACAUCAUCAGCAUUCCCAGCCAAACGAAUACCAACAGUUGCUGCAACACCCGCACCAUCACUACCACCAGCACUACAGCAGCAACAGCAACAGCAGCAACAACAACGGCAGUGGCAACAGCAACACCAGCGGCAACAACCCACAGCAAUACCACCAGAGACAGCAGCAACAUCAGGCGACAUUGCGCGAUUGCUCCGUCAAAUUGCCUCUGGAUAUCCUAUGGCUACCCAAAUCGGCGAUGCGACCGGCGGGUCCAGAUGCCUCGCCCACCGAUUGCAUCCUCGUGGUGGGCGUGUCCCGUCCAAAGCUGGCCGUCGUCUUCCUUACGGUCAUGUUGAUCUCGCUGUUCCUCACCUUCCACGUUCUGUACGAUAGUGCAGUUUACAACAUCCAGGCGGCACAAGCGGUCCACGAAAGGCACCGCAUCUCCUUGGCCGCAUCCUCCUCGGCUUUGGCAUCCUCCUCCUCCUCAUCAUCGUUCGGUUCUGGCUCCGCCUUCUCCCCCUUCUCCUCCUCCUCCACCGGCUCCGCUGCAGCGGGCUCCAAUCAUCUGCCCGUGUUCGUGAAGCCCGUGCCCAGUUCCAAUCAGCUAAGCCAUCCCAUGGUCUUUCCCUCCAGCCGUGUGCACUUCCCCAAAACCAGUCGACGACUGCCACAGGCGCUCAUCAUCGGCGUGCGGAAGUGCGGAACGCGGGCGCUGCUGGAGAUGCUCUACCUGCAUCCGAGGAUCCAGAAGGCCGGCGGCGAGGUGCACUUCUUCGAUCGGGACGAGAACUAUCUGAAGGGCCUGGAGUGGUACCGCAAGAAGAUGCCGCACUCGUUCCGAGGGCAAAUAACCAUCGAGAAGAGUCCCAGCUACUUUGUGUCGCCAGAGGUGCCGGAACGAGUGAGGGCCAUGAAUGCGAGCAUCAAGCUGCUGCUGAUUGUCCGAGAGCCGGUGACCCGUGCCAUUUCGGACUACACGCAGUUGCGUAGCCAUGCUGCCACCGCCAUCCUGCCGCUGGCCGAGAAGGAUCCCCCCAGUCCGCGGGAGAGUUCCGGAGGUGGUGCCACCAACACCAACACUGGCGCCUCUUCCGCCGCCGCAGGAGUUGCAGCUGCCAAGAUGCCAUCCCAAUCGCAAUCGCAAUCGGUGCUGUAUGCCAAACUGCAGUCGGCCCGUGGCUACGACAAUGUCCUCGUGGGAGGCAGUGGGGCGGGUGCCAAGGAGACGAAAGGCAAGACAGGAUCUGCGGCCAGGAGACAGGCGGUGGGCGGUGGUGGGGCCACGAUGACCACGACGACACUGUCGCCAAUGGCAAGUGCCGCCCAAAUGGCAGCCAAGUCCUUCGAAGAGCUGGCCAUAUUUCCCAAUGGCACCGUUAACGAGGCUUAUCGACCGCUCAGCAUCUCCAUGUACCACGUCCACUUGCACCGCUGGCUGGAGGUCUUUCCGCGGGAGCAGCUCCUCGUGGUCAACGGGGAUCGCCUCAUCGAGGAUCCGGUUUCGCAACUCAAACGCAUCGAGGCUUUCCUGGGCAUCGAACAUCGUGUAAACAGCGAGCACUUCUACUUCAACGAAACGAAGGGGUUCUACUGCCUGCGCUACGACAACGGGGAUCGCUGCCUGCGGGAGACGAAGGGCAGGAAGCAUCCGCACGUGGACCCCGUGGUGGUCUCCAGGUUGCGAAAGUUUUUCGCCGAGUACAAUCAGCGCUUCUACGAGUUGGUGGGCGAGGAUCUCGGCUGGCCGGAGGAGUAAAAAACUAGGACUAGGAAAUGGAUGUGGAUGUGGAUGGAGAAAUGGAGGGGAAAGGAGAGAGUUCUGCGCUGGGCUGGCUGCCAAUAAAUCUGCCGUUGGUCAAUCGUUUGGACCGCUGUGCAGCCAAUUUAAUUACAAGGAACCUUCCACGGGCAAAAAAAAAAAAAAAAAACGGGCAAAGAGCAUGGCAAAGUUUUCCCGGGACUUUCCACUGCAAUUUUCCAUUGCAUAUUUUUAAGGGCGGGCCGGUUCGCAGUAUUUCUGCCUGGCCGAGUCGAGCUGCUCUGACAGUUCAAUUAUGUGCGCGUAUUGAAAAAUUGCAUUCCUAUUUGCCCGGUCCUUUCCAGCCACCCACUUUACACCCCCCUUCCAACCACCACCACAUGUAAAUUUGCCUUUACACCAGCAAAGAACAGGCGAAAGAACAAGGAGCAGCCGAAAAAAAGGAUAUCAAGUAAAAUAAACUGCACGCAUUUUGCUGUGCAGCAGGCCAUGAAAAUGUGUGUGCUUGAAUGGGGCAUAUACUGUACAUCCUAUAUGUAUAUCGUUUAUACACAUAUAUAUAUAUAUAUAUAGCGAAAUGAAAAGCAAUAUCUACAUGAUGUUCGAAGGUUACACUUUUCUACGUCUGUUUGCGUUCCACAUGUUUGUUCUCUCUCUCCGUGUCUGUGUGUGAUUGGGUUCGAGUGUGUGAGAGAGCAUAAAAAUUAAUUAAGCAACUAAAUGUGAUUUUAUAGCAAGUAAGCAUAGGAAAAAUUGAAAAUGAUUGCGAUGGCUGGGAAAUGGAUAUGUGGAAAAUGGGGAGAGAGAAAUGAGGGGGGAAAGUGGACGCAUCAGCGUCGCAAAGUGGCAAUUAAAAAUGUAUUUAGACUAACAGUCGGCUGAAUUAAAUGUGUGCGUACAGAAACAUGAACAAAAACCAAACAUAUCACACCUAGCAUAAGGUAAAAUAGUAUAUACACAACAUAUCAGGGGUACUCGAGGUCCUCAAGCAACUUGAAUACUAAAUAUGAUUGAACUAAUGCAAUUCGUACGUUAUGUUACAUAUCGAAAGCUAAACCAACCAUGAAAUCGAAACAUAUCAGCUGCAGUCGUCGGCAAAUAUACAAGAAUUAUAUAUACAAGCAUAUCUAUAUAUAUAUUAUAUACAACCGUAUAUCGUAUCGUAGACCCUAAGUCGAGCAUCAAAUUUGUUGUAAAUGACUUUGAUUUUGACCUAGUUUGUAGUGCGCGAUGUGUCACGGAAUCGUCAUAGACAAACUUAUAGUUGAAUAUAUCCGUAUCCUAGGUUAAUAACGCACUGCCUAAACCAAAAGAAUAGUUACGUCUGUUUAGAUAAUUAUACUGCACCCACUUAGGCGAUAAGUUUAUCAAAGAUAGUUUUUUAAUGCAUUUUUAAGCCAGAUUAUUUUGUAUUCCUAACGAGAGAAAACCAAAUCAAUUACGGCAACUCUACCUAUAGAUACACAUAAUAUAUAUACACACUUAUCAGCUGUUUAGCUAACGUUUAAACAUUUCGUAUGCAUAUCAAACUCAAUGUGAAAAACUCAACCUAGGCUAACAAUUUCCGUGACGAUCCAUCCAAUUUAGGUUGACACCAACAUACACAUUCAUCGUAUAUAGAUUGAGAUAUAUACAACUUUCCCCCUUGGUUCGAGUACCAGUUCUUAGGGAUCUUCAGCACAGAACUCAACUAGCGCUUAACUCAACAGAAAAUAGACUACGAUGAAGUGUAUAAACCUUGUUUUACAGUGUAUCUCCUUAUAAUAUACAUCCUAUGCUGAUCUCUUAACGACAAAGGAACCACGAACGGAAUGAAACUAACCAAGCAAUAUAAAUUCAAAGCAAGACUGAAGGUCCUCCGCAGAAUAUUUUAUUCUCCUGUUGUUUUUUUUUUAGUCAAUCACUCAUUUUUGUUGAAUUCUGUAAGCCAACCGAAAACAAAUAUAGUAGCAAAGACAACGAAAAUUUCUAAUUUGUUUAUAUUUUUAUACAGAAGCGAAAGUACAUUAACCGAAAUCCAGGAAACCAAACCGAAAUGGAACCGAUUUCCAUUUUUAAAAUAUAUUAAAGUAAUGCGAAAUUAUAUAUAUGAAUAUAUACUCAAAGAGCAAUUUGUAGUCACAUUUUGUCCUCGAACUUGAACUACGCCAAUUGCCAUUCAGAAUACAUAUCAAAAGUUUAACUCAACUCUAGAUCCUCCAUUGAUAUUGAUAUAUUGAUAUUAUUGAUGUAUUGUCUACUUAAAUUGAACGUGCAAAACUCAACAACUAUAAUGUACCUUAAAAAUCAACUCUCUAUUUCUUUAACUUAAACUUAAACUCUAACGAUAACUCAACUCUUGCAAACUUAUUCAAACUUUCAAUGUACAUACAUACAAAAAGUAUUCAAAAAAUUACAAAAAAAAAAAUAAAUCAACUAAUAACGAUGGAAAGUCGUAUAGAAAUUCAACAAAUUGUAAGAAAACCCAGAAGAAUCAACAUUUUAUGCUAUGGAAAAUUUUACGCAUGCAAUAAAUAAAUGUAAUUCGAAAAACGGAAAA